AACUCCUGCAUCAAACAUCAAGAUUCGCCUGGGUGAUUAUAACCUGCGCGCUCAAACGGAGCAGUACCCACACGAAGAGUACAGUGUGAAGCGGAAGGUGGUCAAUGAGAACUACAACCCAGCCACUUACCAGAAUGACAUUGCCUUACUAGAGCUUAGUCAAGAUGUGAUAUACCGGCCGCAUAUCUUGCCCAUUUGUUUGCCACCCAAAGACAGUGCAGUUUCAGGCCGCAAUUUUACAGGCUCUAAAGCGACGGCAAUUGGCUGGGGCCGAACGCAGUACGGCGUCUCCACCUCGCCAGGCAUUCUUCAGAAGGUUGAAGUGGAAGUGCUCGACUCGGAUGAGUGCCAAAGUUGGAUGAAGAGUGUCGGACGUCGGGAAAAGAUAUUUCCUGCAAUGAUGUGCGCAGGAUUUAAAAAUGGCGGCAGAGAUAGUUGCCAAGGCGACUCAGGAAGCCCACUUUCUCUUCGGGACGACGGCAAGUUCAUCCUCAUUGGCCUUGUCUCCUGGGGCGUCGGCUGUGCGCGACCAAACCUCCCUGGAGUGUACACGCGAAUCACCGAGUUUGUCGAUUGGAUCAACAUUCACGCCUCCAAUUAG